AUGGCCAUUCGUUCGAUGAAGUUCACUCCUGAGGUCCUGCUCGGUGCGCCUAGAAGGUCCUCUGCCGUCCCCAACGCGGCUGGCACCCUAGCAGUCUACACGCAGACAUCCUACUCCUUUGAAUCUCAUUCCAAGACCAAUGAAAUACGUGUUAUAGAUAUCGAAUCUGGCAGGUCUGCCCUCAUCACCAAUGAUCCUGGCGCCAGCAACCCGCGGUGGGUAGACCAUAGCGACCAACUGGUCUGGCUGAAGACCAAAGGCAAUGGCAAUACAAGCUUCAUUGUAGGCGAUGCCCGCCAGGCUGAUAAUACAUACACCGCGGGUACCCUUCCAGGCCCCGUCUCGGACCUAAAGGUGGUCGUUCUCGAGCCGGGAAAGGUUGGCUUUGCUGUGACGGGCAAGGCCAACACCGAUGGUUCGCUAUUUAACCCCCACGAUGCGAAAAAGCCAUAUACAACCGGCAAGCUUUACACAUCUCUCUUUGUUCGACACUGGGAUUCAUAUGUUGAGCCCCAGAAGAAUGCGAUCUUUUAUGGCUUGCUGGAACAGGCGCCUCUGUCACCGGCUCGCAGAAGGUCUGGGAAAUACUCCGUCUCGGGACUUACCAACUUGAUCGCGGUCACAGGGCUGACAGGUGUUGAGUCGCCAAUCCCACCUUUUGGUGGUACUGGGGAUUUUGAUAUAAGCCCAUCAGCGAUUGUGUUUAUUGCGAAAGAUCCCAACCUGAAUCCCGCGACUCAUACUUCAUGCUCGUGUUACUAUGCUCCUAUGGUCUCAUGGACUAGCAUGAGUGAGCCAGAUACAAAGAUUUGCAAGGUCGCCGGCCUUCAAGGCGCGAUGUCAUCUCCGGUUCUUAACUCAGACGGCAGCUCUAUUGCACUUCUGGCAAUGCGCGAAGAUGGGUAUGAGUCGGAUAAGAACCGGAUUCUGUAUGUUCCUAACCCGUGGAGCGGAGAAAUGAUUGAAAUUUUCCAGUCAGAUGACGGCGAGGGACUCUGGGAUCUCAGCCCCUCGGUCGUGUCCUUUGCUCAUGAUGACAACUCACUGUUCCUCCACGUCGAGGAGGCUGGCCGCGGAGUUCUCUACCAGCUUCCGUUGCAUAAUGCACAGAAGAUCAAGCCUGACUCUCUAAAGAGACUGACUGGCUCGGGAUAUGUGAAUGACGCCGUUCCCGCGGGUGCCAAUUCCUCCAAGCUGUUUGUGUCUAGCAGCAGCUUGGUCGAUAACAGCCUGUGGACCAUCAUUGAUCCAGCUCACCCCGAUGACAUCCAAAUGGUGUCCUCGAAUGGGAGGAAUGGUAGUGCAUUUGGCUUAUCUUCAUCCCAAGUCGAUGAAAUCUGGUUCAAGGGAGCUGAAAAUCAUCCUGUCCACGCGUGGGUCGUGAAACCGUCCGACUUCAAGCCUGGAGAGAAAUACCCACUUGCUUAUCUCAUUCAUGGUGGACCCCAGGGUGCAUGGAAUGAUCAAUGGAGUACGCGCUGGAACCCUGCUGUUUUUGCCGAGCAGGGUUAUGUCGUAAUUACUCCGAAUCCAACAGGCAGUACAGGCUAUGGCCAACCCUUUACUGACGGUAUCAAAGGCCAAUGGGGCGGUCGGCCCUACGAAGACCUGGUCAGGGGAUUCGACUAUAUCGAGCAACAUUUAAGUUAUGUUGACACCACGCGCGCGGUGGCGCUGGGCGCUUCAUACGGCGGUUACAUGAUGAACUGGAUACAAGGCAAUUUGCUGGGGCGCAAAUUCAAGGCGCUGGUCACUCAUGACGGUGUGUUUAGCAUGACGUCCCAGCUAGCUAGUGAAGAGCAAUACUUCCCUCUGCACGAUCUGAAAGGCCCGAUCUGGAAAGUCCCCGAAAACUGGGCAAAAUGGGACCCGUCGCGCUUCACCGAACACUGGAAAACGCCUCAUUUGAUCAUCCACAACGAGCUGGAUUACCGUCUGACCAUUGCCGAGGGUCUAGCUGCGUUUAAUGUGCUUCAGAUGCGUGGCAUUGACAGUGCUUUCCUGACGUUCCCUGAUGAAAAUCAUUGGGUUCUGAAUCCCGAGAACUCAUUGAUGUGGCACCGCACCGUGCUCAACUGGAUCAACAAAAACGUAGGCCUACCGGCCGUGUCGGAGGAACCCGACCUGACACGCAGCAUCGGCAAUAUGUCGCUGUGA